GUGGUGGGCCCCCAGGACCUGCGGGUGCCGGGUUGGACCGUGUGACCGGAUUAACGGAGCCUUCUCCUGGGGAGGGGCCGGAUGGGGCCCGGGGACGGGCGGCGCAGAGGCUCCGACUCAGACGCGCCUCUCUCGCAGCCGCCGCGCCCCUGCGAGGCCUACCGCGCGGAGUGGGAGCUCUGCCGCAGCGCCGGGCACUUCCUGCACCACUACUAUGUCCACGGCGAGCGGCCGGCCUGCGAGCAAUGGCGGCGCGACCUGGCCAGCUGCCGCGAGUGGGAGGAACGCCGGAGCGCCGAAGCCCAGCGGUCCCUCUGUGAGAGCGAGCGUGCGAGAGUCCAGGCUGCACGGAAGCAUGCCCUCGUGUGGGCCCCAAGGCAGAGUCCCCCUGCAGACUGGCACCUCCCUCUGCCGCAGGAGAAAGACGAAUGAUGAGCACCCCUGCAUGGCUUCCUCCGGUCUCUUUCAAGUGGGGCUGUCACACAACCCUAAGGACUGUGACCAGCCCAAACAGUUGAGUGGCUUCCUGGGAGCUUCGACCUGGCUUGGAACACGAUGCCCGACAGCUCCAGUCCUGCCUGGCCGGCCCUCCCCUGCGUCCAGGGUGCUCCGCUGCUGCCAUGCUCUGAAAGAGCUUCCAGGAAGCCGAGCACCGUCGCAGAUCCCUGUGAGCAGCCAGGUCAGUCUGGCUCAUGCUCGCCCCGGGGGACAGCAGCAUGGGAGCUGGCCAUCCCAGGGUUUGGAAUCCUCAGGUAAAUCUUGAGUGGUAGCCCUGACCCGUCUGGACACAGAGGGGUCAGAAUGAGGUAGCUAAAGGGUUGUGCUGCCGUGAACACCUUCCCUGGCCCUGGCUUGUUGAUGACCAUGCAUUGCCAGCCACUGGUGCUCACACUCAGCUACGGCCCACUUGUUCAGUUCCUCUGCAGACACAGGCAGGGCGUGCCUCUGGACCAGGCUCACACGUAGGCCCCUUGGUGACUGUGGUGUUUAAGAAAUGCACACAGCUACAGAACACACAGCCUUGCGUAAAAAGGGUUCAUGGACUCUUGGCUUAAGAAACCCAAGCCCAAGACACAUGGAAUUUUGAUCUUCCCUCAGAAUUUCCCCUGCUCAUUUUUAGAAAAUGUGGAACAUAUCAAAAGCCAUUUCCCACGUUUGAUUCCAAGUAGAAGCUGAAAAGUAAAUCCACAAUUUAAUUGUUGAAAUCGUUAGAUUUCGCAUCUGACAUUGUUGUGCUCGGACGGUGUUAGACUUUUGUAUGCUUGUACUCUUGUAGAUGUUUUUAAAAUAGAUGUAUAUGAACCAACAAGAACUCUAGUUCUUGAAGAGGUCUCCAUUACUGAUAACAUGAUUUAGCAUCUUGUGGCUGCAGAGCAGGCCCCAUUGUGUGUUGCUGAGGGCCAGGCCAGCCGCGUGCCCGGUGCCCUCCCCACUCUCUUCCUGGCCAGCAGGGCCCACUGCUUCUUAGUACCUCCCUCACUACUGGGCCCCAACCUGGCCACAGGCAGUGUGUCAGACAUCUUUUAACUCAUUCUUUGGGGCAAAAUAAUUCAUCACUUCAGAAGGGCAUACUUUAAAGAAUGAAAUUUCCCCUCUUGUACAUGUUCUCCUGUGUGCCCCCAGAAUCCCUGUGACUGUGUGUGUACCUGUGAGUGGUGGGAGGUGUGCACAUGGGACCCUUAUAGUCCCUCUGUGUGUGUGUGUGUGUGUCCAUGAGUGGUGGGAGGUGUGCACAUGGGACCCUAAUAUUCCCUGUAUGUGUGUGUAUGAGUGUGUCCAUGAGUGGUGGCAGGUGUGCACAUAGGACCCUAAUAGUCCCUCAGUAUGUGUGUGUGUGAGUGGUGGGCAGUGUGCACAUAGAUCUCCAGUAGUCCCUCCCUGUGUCUGUGUGUACCUGAGGGGUGUGUGCACAUAAGACUCCAGGAGCAGAGGUGAGUAUAAAGAAGAGGCAGGGUCUCACCCGGGAGGGGUGAGGGGGUAGACUUGAUAUGUCUAAGCCAACCAGGGUAUCUCCAUCAUGGCUGUGGCUAGGAGAGAGGGAAGGCUGCUAGAGAUCUACAGGCAUUCUCCUCCCUCUGAAACACGGAGCAGGGACAUUUGAAUUUUGAUCUGUAUAUGAUGCCUGGAAUUGCAGCAGCUCCCUUGGAGUUCCUGGGGCAGGGCUAGAGGAGGCAGGAAAAGCCUGGGAGCAGCAGCCAACACAGCAGUUCUGAGGGGUCAGCUCCUAGGAGCCAGUCCUCUUCAUCUGCUUGUGUAGGGCUGUGGGCUGCCUGCAGCUGAGUGCUCUGUUAGCAAGUCUUAUACCUUUUCAGCUGCUCAGCGAUUCCCACAUUGACAGACAAUCAUCACUCUGGACAGAAUAUUCCUGAAUCCCCACCUGUGUUCACCCGUUCACAACACCUGAGCGCCCACUACACGCCAGGUGGGGUUUGAGGUUCUGGGAUCACAGCACUGAAAUGGACAAGUUGGCUUCAAAGGGUUCUUGUUGUAGUUUAGGGGACAGACAUAAACAUCUAAACACCAUUAAAUAAGUGUCUAAAAUGAUGGUAAGUGCUAUGAAGAAAAUGGUCAGAGUGAUAAGAUAGAGCAGUGUCUUUCAAACUUUGGAGACAAAACUCAUAGGAACAAGUCUGGUACCUACUGUUACAUACAGCAUAUUUCAUUGAAACAAGCUUCACAAAACAAUACUUACCGUCCUGUGUGUGAUACAUUAACAUUUUCAGUUCUGUACCAUUGAAAAUAAACUGCUGUAGGUGCAACUUGGA